AUGUCAGCGCGUAGGCGUACCUUGCUCAAGGUCAUCGUUCUCGGCGACAGUGGGGUUGGCAAGACGUCGUUAAUGAAUCAAUACGUGCACAAGAAGUUCAGUCAGCAAUACAAGGCUACAAUUGGUGCCGAUUUCGUGACCAAAGAACUCCAGAUUGAUGACAGGCUUGUCACUCUGCAAAUAUGGGACACGGCUGGGCAAGAAAGAUUUCAGUCUCUUGGAGUUGCGUUUUAUAGAGGAGCAGAUUGCUGUGUUCUAGUUUAUGAUGUGAAUGUCAUGAGAUCAUUCGAUACUCUUGACAACUGGCACGAAGAGUUUCUUAAACAGGCAAGUCCAUCUGAUCCCAGGACAUUUCCGUUUAUAUUGCUUGGAAACAAGAUAGAUAUUGAUGGUGGAAAUAGCCGAGUGGUUUCUGAGAAGAAAGCUAAGGACUGGUGUGCUUCAAAAGGAAACAUACCUUACUUUGAGACGUCAGCAAAAGAAGAUUACAAUGUUGAUCCUGCAUUCCUGUCCAUUGCCAAAGCUGCUCUAGCCAAUCAGCAUGAACAGGACAUAUACUUCCAGGGUAUCCCAGAGGGAGUCGCAGAGAGUGAGCAAAGAGGUGGUUGUGCAUGCUAA